AUGGCCACUGCCUUUACCGCCACAUUAGCCCCAACAAAGGAGGCGGUGGGUAGCCCGUUGGAGCUGCUGUUAGAAAACGCUGAGGAUCUCCUCGCGGACGGCAAGCGUGCUGAGGCGCGUCGUGUGCUGGAGGGCAUUGUCAACACUGAUGUGGCUGCCGACGAUGCGGAGGGGAUACGCGUGAAGGAGCGCUCGGUGUACCGCAUGGCGGAUAUUCUUAGCCUUGAGCGGCAGGUAGACGCCCUGGUGCACCUGCUAUGCGUCAUCCGCCCCUUCUUUGCGCUGCUGCCAAAGGCAAAGACGACUCGGAUGGUGCGAAAGUUGUUUGAUCUCAUCCUCAGCAGUGGUGCCUCUUUGGAUCGACAGAUUGAGGUCUGCCAUGACAUGAUUGCGUGGGCGCGGCAGGAGAAGCGGACGUUCCUGCGGCAGCGGCUGCAGCACCGGCUUGCGGAGGUGCAGUUUGCCAGGAAUGAGCGGCAGGAGUCGCUCGCCACGUUGCAGGCCCUGCUGCGAGAGGUGCGUCCCCUGGACGACCGUGCGCUGCUGCUUGACAUUCACCUGCUGGAGAGCCGUAUUUAUUACUCCAUUCAGCACACUAGCAAGGCACGCGCUGCCCUUGUCGCGGCCCGGACGAACGCUAACAGCAUCUACUGCCCACCACUGGCCCAAGCGGAGAUCGAUCUGCAGAGCGGUGUACUGCAUGCGGAGGAGCACGACGCCAAGACGGCGUUUUCGUACCUUUACGAGGCGUUUGAGGGGUUCCAUCAGCUUGGCGACCAGGCCCGCCAGGCUCGUAAGGCGCUGCACUACAUGAUUCUUGCGAAGAUUGCUACAAAUAGCCCAGACGAGCUCUUCGCGCUGCUGUCCUCCAAAAAUGUGCUGGAGUACCGGGGACAGGACAUGGACGCGUUGCGCGGGGUGGCCGAGGCCUACAACAAGCAAGACACCCACCUUUUCAAUCGCAUUAUACGCGAGAACGAGGGUGCAGCCUUCCUUGCCGACGAGAUCCUGCAGAGAAGACUCACCGUAAUGUAUAACAGCCUUCUUGAGCGUCACCUGCUCAAGCUGUUAGAGCCGUACAGUCGGGUGCAGAUCUCCUACCUGGCCGCACUGUUGCGGCUCGACGUGGAGGCGGUGGAGUCACAGGUAUCCCAGCUCAUUCUCGACAAGAAGCUCGCUGGCAUCGUGGACCAGCAGCACCAGUGCGUCGUCAUCUUUGACGAGCAAGACGCGAAGGUAGCGAGUAAGCGCCGGCAGGAGGAGGAGACGGGGAGGGGAGAAGGCGGGGAGGUGGGUUCUUCCUCGGCUGCGGGCGGGGCGCCCUACAAGGAUGCCAUGACCACCUCCGGCGCCGGCAGCGAGAAGCCCACCACGACGUUGUACCAGGACGCACUAGCCGCCCUGGAAAAGUAUGAUCGCCUUGUCACUGCGCUCUUUGAUAAGGCGGGCGGUAAGUUUGAUGCUCUGGUGGAGGAGAACAUGAAAAAGCGACAGGAGACGAAAACAGACAAGAAGAAGGACGGUAAAAAGGGCGAUGAAAAGGAGGAGGCAGAGAAUAAAAAGAAAAAUAACAGUUAG